AUGGCUAGCCCAAGGACACGGCGAGUGCUAAUGGAUGUCAAGAAAACAAAUGCGAACCAUUUAUGUUUCGAAUGUGGGUCGCCAAAUCCUCAAUGGGCUAGCGUUACAUAUGGUAUUUGGAUAUGUUUAGAGUGUUCAGGAAAACAUCGUGGAUUGGGAGUUCAUUUGAGUUUUGUUCGCUCAAUUAACAUGGAUAAAUGGAAGGAGUUGGAGUUGGAAAAAAUGAAAGUUGGAGGCAACAGACAUGCUAAGGAGUUUUUCGUUUCACAACCUGAUUACAGACCUCAGUGGAGUUUUCAAGAAAAGUAUAAUAGUAAAGCUGCUGCUUUGUUGAGAGAUAAGAUUGCAACUGAAGCGUCUGGUGAGGAUUGGGACGAAGACGCCGCUAAUAUACGUAAUAAUAAACCUACCAGUAUAAGUCAUGUAAAAACAACCGGUGAUCUACCAUCUUUAUCCUCAGAUAAACGAGGGGGGGGGCGGGGGGGGGAACUUUCAUAA